GUUGAAGCUACCCUUAAGUUGUUUCCUGUGUUCCGUAUUUUAGAGUUUCCGGGUGAGGAAAUUGUUGCUGCUGACAAUGAUCCGGAGCAAGAAAUGGGCGAUGACAGCCUUGAGGUUGAAGCUACCCUUAAGUUGUUUCCUGUGUUCCGUAUUUUAGAGUUUCCGGGUGAGGAAAUUGUUGCUGCUGACAAUGAUCCGGAGCAAGAAAUGGGCGAUGACAGCCUUGAGGUGACGGACGAGAUGAUUGAUGCCGCUAAUGAUAAGCGAUCAGAGGCUCAGGCGAAAAUGUCGGUAUGUAUGAUUCCGUUUUUUUUACGAAUUUCUCGAAUUUUCUUAGGAGAUUUGGAGGCUGCCGUCGCUUUAUUCACAGAGGCAAUCAAACUCAACCCGACUUCUGCACUCUUGUACGCUCGCAGAGCAAGUUGUUUUAUCAAGCUGAAGAAACCAUGUGCAGCCCUAAAGGAUUGUGAAAAGGCUCUGCACCUCAACCCUGAUUCUGCUGCACCCUACAAGUGGCGGGGAUUCGCACAUAAGAUGCUUGGUCAUUGGGAGGAAGCUUUCAACGAUUUUCAAACAUCAUUGAAGUUGGACUACUCUGAAGAUGCAUACGAAGCAAUGAAGGAUGUGGAACCAAAGCAGACUAAAAGCUCAGACAUCGUUGUGGUUGCUAGUGAUAUGAACGCCCACGUAGGUUGGCUGAGCGCUACUGAGGCCCGAUUGGGUUGUCUUGGAUUGGACACGCGACGCGCAGACAACGGGGAUCGCUUACUUGAAGUGUGUGCCGAUCACAGACAGUUUCUUUUGAAGUAUACUCAAAACGCGCACACCUCGCUUAGCAAUGACAAGUCAGCGGACCCAGAAUUCAAACGAAAUUACCAGAACCAGCACCUCGAACGCAUACCGGAUGGCGCUUCGAAUGCUCGAUUACGUCGUCUUAGCCCCUUGGAAUCACAUUUGGGCGGUCGAUUCGGAGUCGAUGCUUGCGGCACAGCCAACGGAAAUCGACUCCUUCAGUUGUAUGCUGAUCAUGAACUGCUUCUGGCAAGUACGAAAUUCCAACAUAAACAUUCGCAUCGCGUAGCCUGGCGAAGUGCAACUACCGGUGGAGAGCCACAAUUCAAGACUGCCGUUUCUUUUGGGGCACCACUUGGUUCCGAUCACGCCAUGGUGCAUGCCUGGUACAAAAUAUCCUUACUCAAACGUGAGAAGUCACCAGCACCGGAAAGUCUGUAUCCGGCCCUCUUCAAAGAAGGUGGAAUAUCCCUGGUGACCUAUCUGACAAAGCUUAUUGGUGCUAUAUGGAACGGAUGGAAGGCGCUGUACGCCAACUCCCGCGGCCGUGUAAAGGUCUACGGGAAACUCUCUCCUGAGUUCACCACAUCCAGUGGUGUUCGACUGGACUGUCCUCUUUCACCUUUCCUAUUCAAAUUCGUCAUUGAUACGAUCAUGGAAGACUCACUAACGGCCUCUAAUGCCUGUGGGGUCGAAGUGCUCCCUGGGCCUCCGCUCACAGACGUCGAGUACGCAGACGACAUAGCUCUUCUUGGAUCUGACCCAGUGCAUAAGCGGAUCUAUGAGCACAACAUGAAAUACAAACGCAAGCGGGAGGAGAGACUAGACCGGGAACGCCGCGAGCGAAUUCGCAAGGCGCAAGAAAGUCGCGAACGAGCGAAACAGGAAUCCCCUUUUAAUGGAGCGUCUCGUGGUGCAGACAACAUGGGUGACACUUUCUCACAACUGUUCAAUGAUCCGGAGUUGAUUGCAGCCAUCCAGGAUCCCGAAGUGAUGAAAGCCUUUGGAGAAGUAUCUUCCAAUCCAGCUGCGAUGCACAAAUACAAGGACAAUCCAAAAGUCAAAAGGGUUUUGGAGAAAAUGCAAGACAAAUUCGGCGGGCUUGGUGGCGGAUUGGGAGGCGAGCGGAAUGCCCUUCGGGACGGGAGCGGACUUCACAAUGCCCGACCAGUCUACUCCAGGUAAGCUAUACACUUUCUUUGGGCACUCACCUAUUAUUUUUUUCAGAUCUCGACUAGUGCGCCUUAGCAUUGUCCUCGCCAACGCCGCCUGUGUGUCUGCCUACUCUCCAGUUUCAAGCUCUGCCAUCGGCUUUGUAUUUUUUCUUCACAGUUGAUUGUGUUCACAAGUACCACACCAAAACCGUUGAUUCACCGCCGUCUUGUUAGUUUUAUUUACUCGGGUUCUGUAUUGACAAUAUCCCGGUACCAGUCUAUACCAUACAGUUUAACAUUUUUGAAUAAAUAUAAGUUGUUUCGAGCGUU